AUGCGUUUCCUGAUCGCCUUCUGCCUGAUUGGCGCCGCCUGUGCCCAGUACAACUAUGGAGCGGGAUUCUCUGGAGCCGCCUCCGAUAAUGUUCCCAGCUACGCCGGUGGCAACAGCGGUUUCGGUGGUGGUGACUCCUACGAUGGAGCGGCCAGCAGCCCGGACUACUCGGUGUCCAGCGAGCUGAACAAGGAGUACUACACCUUCGAGGCCGACGAGAGCCAGUUCGAAGAUCCUCUGGCCGCCCAGAAGAUCGCCGGCUCCGUGAACAAGGGUCUCCGCGUGGUGUUCAUCAAGGGACCCGAGAACCGUGGCCUGGAGAACGCUGCCCUGGCCCUGGCCAAGCAGGCUGCCGAGCAGAGGACCGCCAUCUAUGUCCUGAACAAGCAGACCGACAUUGGAGAUCUGGCCAACAAGUUCAACGCCGCCCGCCAGAAUGCCAAUCAGCGCCCGGAGGUGCACUUCGUCAAGUACAGGACUCCCGAGGAUGCGGCCAAUGCCCAGAAGGCCAUCCAGUCUCAGUACGACAACCUCGGAGGAUCCAGCCAGUCCUUCAACGGCGGAGUGGCCAAUGCCAUCAACUUCGCCUCCCAAGGAGCUGCCCCCGCCCGCCAUGGCAACAACUACUCACCUCCUGCCGCCGCCACGAGCAACUCCUACCUGCCCGCCAACAUCCUGCGUCGUCUGCGCAUCCGUUAA